UGUCUUUAUAGGCAAAAUGACUUCUAUAAAAAAUCUGGCCAAGACUGCGAUCAUUUUAUAUGCCAUUUUCUUCUUUAUGAAGUCUGAUGGACGACCGAUGACGAAAAGAUCAGUGAGUGAGAUGCAGCUGAUGCACAAUUUCGGAGAGCAUCGGCACGCCAUGGAGAGACAGGACUGGCUCCAGAUGAAGCUGCAGGAUGUGCACAGCGCCCUCGAGGAUGCCCAGAGGCCGCGGAACAAGGAUGAUAUCGUCUUGGGGGAGAUCAGAAGCAGGAGGCUGCUCCCUGAGCAGGCACGGGCAGCAAUGCAGAAGAAAUCCAUGGAUCUGGACAGAGCUUACAUGGAUGUGCUCUUCAAAACCAAGCCAUAAGGAGAAGCAGCAGAGCAUUGUGGCUGUCCAAGCAAGCACGUGUCUGUAGAUCACUGAUCAAGUAGGGCAUUUUAUUAUUAUUAUUUAUUCAAAUUACAAUA